AUGUCUGACGAGCAGAUUGGCCAAGCAUAUCAAAGGAAACCAUCCAGCAACAAGUACAUUAAGAAGCUCCGUGCAGUUAGCACGGUGUGUGGCCUGGCAAGCAGCUGGCAAAAAUGGGUGACGGAUAAUGAGAAGAAGCAGGCCAGUGAGCCCAGUGGAUGGGCUCCAUCUUCACUUGAAGGACCAACAGAGGAACCCAGAAAGAAGUGGGUCCCCAAGAAGCCGCCUCCUGUUCAAACCCAGCCAACUUCUGACAGCCAAAUAAUGGCUAAGACAUCCACUUCUUCAGGAUCAUCCAAUAAUGAGGAGUUUAAGACUUUGGAUGAUCCACUGCUUCUGUCUCGCAUCAAGACAAAACAGGUGGUGAAAACUGUGACUAGCAAUGUUCAAGAGAAAAGUGCAGCAGUCAGACUUCUGACUGAGAAGAUAAAAAAGGAGCCAUCAGAUGAGGAGAUUGACAGGCUGCUAAAGAAGAAAAGCUCCCCCACACGCCGCAGGAAGUGCUCCAACAUGGUGUCCUCUCUGACUAAAAGCUGGAAGCAGGUGGAGAAUGAGAGAAAGGUUGUCAAACAGGGACAGGCACCAGGAGGGGGACGCAGCUGUGUGGUGGACAAAGAAGACAGAGAUUUAAAGGAGGAGAAACUGGAUGUAAAGGAUUCUCCAGCAAAGAGGAUUUCUAAGGCAGAGGAGCAAAAUGAUUCUGAGGAAGACUCAGUAAGGAUUAAAAGACCACAAGUGUCAACAUACAACAAAGAAGCUGAGGAUGCCAACAAAAUCAACACCCUGUCCAAGAAAUACAGCACCGUGGGAAACCUCAAGAGCCGCUGGCAGAACUGGGCCGUAGAACACACAGUUAACCAGAAACUAAACCCCUUCAGUGAAUACUUUGACUAUGACUACUCUAUGUCCCUCCGCCUCCAAAAAGGCGAGGAGGGUUAUGGACGUCCUAAAGAGGGUACAAAGACGGCUGAAAGGGCCAAACGAGCCGAACAACAUAUCCAUCGUGAAAUAGCUGAUUUGUGUUACGUGAUCAGGACUAUGGCUGACCCAGGCCCGGAUGGAAAGAUCCGUAUCACGUUUGGAGAGCUUUUUGACAGAUAUGUUCGGAUCUCUGAUAAGGUGGUGGGGAUUCUGAUGAGAGCCAGGAAACAUGGAAAGGUGGCGUUUGAAGGAGAGAUGCUGUGGCAAGGACGGGAUGAUGGCGUGAUCAUCACCCUCCUGGUGUGAUUUUUAAACUUGGGUCAAAGCUGCAUUGGAAAUCCUCUUACAUGGACUUGGAUGGCACCCUCUGGCUUGUGACCUCAGUGAUUACUGGACAUCCCAGAGAGAAGGGUUUAAAACAAACUGUUACCCUGGGCUAUAUGUACAGAACAAUAUUAAAAAAGGAUAUAGAGACUGUAAAACUUUGCGACUGAGUUGCUGUAGAUUAUCCAAAGAAUAUGUUUGCUGCUAUUUUCAGUAGUUACUUGAAGACUUUUAUAGUCAAAAUUGUCUGUAUCUGUCAUGGACAAUGUUUAGAAAAAUCAGAAAUAAUUUGAAGUUUCCCCUCUCUAACUCAAGAGAAAGAAAGUCCUACAUUCUGACUUCCUUUUCCAUUUAGAGUACCUCAUAGAUUUUUGCUAAACAUCCCUUCUGCAUUUUUAUUGCUGACCGUAUAUUAACGAGAUACUUCAGCUUGUAUUAAUAUACCAGAAACCACAGGCAUUGCAGUACACUUGUAGUACAGUAAUUCAAAACGUGGCUUGCAUUUAAUUUCCUGAACUCUUGAAACUCAGUAUUCGCCGCAUUACACUUUCACACGGCACAGAGGAAAAAACAAAUUAUAGCACUUAAAGAUAACCGGCUGUUAAAAUGACACUGCAUGCUCAUUGAUUAUUAGACAUAGUGUAUUCCUCAGCAUUAGCUUUAUUGUUUAACAAAUGCCAAUUCUGAAUACUACUGAACCUCAAACCUGAAUUUUUCCACAAAGGAAAAGUGACUUCUUUCUUUCACAAAAGAUUAGUAUGAUUGUGCAUACGUUUUUUUUUUUUUUUUUUGCAAAUGGACGACAACUAUGGGCAACUAUGCAGUAAAAAGAAUUUCCUGUGUAUUCAAAACUAAUGAAAGCCUUUUAAAUAAUUGCUGUGAACGUUCCAUCAAUUGAGUUCUAUAGUUAAUUGAUCUGUUUGAGAUCAGUGUCAACCGAAAAAGCAUUUAUAGCCCUAC